CUCGGCGUUCUUGCAUUGUGUGGUCUUGCUCAAUGUCCUUAUGAUGUUUCUUCGCAGAGCUUUGCUGGCCGGAGGAUCGGCUGCUGCAACCGCAGCGCUUCUGGCCGCUGUGGCCGUCGGUAAAAGCGGAGGAAAAUCCGAAACCGACAGUCUGACACCGCCGGUAACAACCGGGAAAUGGGACCGCAAUUGGGACCGUCGGGAACCGGUGUCUAUGGUGAACCUACAAAAGAUCAAUGGAGAAACGGGAGAGGAAGAGUUGAAUGCAAAACUGACUAAGCACAAAGCUAAAGCCACUAGGCACAUCUUUCUUAUACGACAUUCACAGUAUAGACUUGAUGGAAAAACAGAUGAGGAAAGAGUUCUCACAUCACUUGGUCGUGAGCAAGCAGAGCUAACUGGACGACGUCUGGCAAGUCUAGGAUUGAAAUACACUCGUAUUGUACAUUCAUCUAUGACCAGAGCCAAAGAGACAACUGAAAUAAUAAGCAAAUUUUUACCAGGUGUGAAAAAAUCUAGCUCAGAUUUGCUUCGUGAAGGAGCUCCUAUUAGACCAGAUCCUCCUGUUUGCCACUGGAAGCCAGACGUAGAGCAGUAUUAUGAAGAUGGGGCACGUAUUGAGGCUGCAUUCAGGAAUUUUAUUCAUCGUGCUGACCCUAAGCAAGAAGAGGACAGUUAUGAGGUUAUUGUCUGCCAUGCCAAUGUGAUCCGCUACAUGGUUUGUAGGGCAUUGCAGAUCCCUCCUGAAGCCUGGCUCCGUAUGUCGCUUAACAAUGGAAGCAUCAGCUACUUGGUUGUCCGCCCCACUGGUAAUGUCUGUCUGAGGAUGUUUGGUGACUCUGGCUGGCUUUAUGCCUCCUGAGAAAAUUAGCCGGACAUGA